AACACUACAACCACAAUGCUAUUCUUAAUUACUAUCGUCUUCCUCAUUCUUUCCAUUUCACCUUCUAUAACAAGUUCAGUUCCUUAUAUUCCUACUGACUACAUACUUUUGAACUGUGGUGCUUCAUCAAACACUACAUCCUAUGAUGGCAGAAACUGGGUUGCCGAUGAUGACCACCUAUAUGCUAAUACCUCUUCUUUUUCAUCCACUGCAUCCUAUCAAGACCCCUCUGUCACUCAAGUUCCUUACAUGACAGCUCGUUUCUUUCGUGGUGAAUUCACUUAUAAAUUCCCCCUUUCACCAGGCCCUAAGUUCCUUCGUCUCUACUUUUAUCCAAAUCAAUACCCUGGCCUUGAUAUUACCAGUUCCUUCUUUUCCGUUGCCGCUAAUAAUUACACUCUCUUGAGCAAUUUCAGUGCCUAUUUAGUUUCUGCCACUAGUCCUCCCCAAGCCUUUAUUGUCAAAGAAUUUGUCAUCACUGUUGGAAAAGAGCAGAUGAUGGAUGUCACCUUCGCCCCUUCACCGAAUUCUUUCGCUUUUAUCAAUGGGAUUGAAGUCGUUUCCAUGCCUGCAAAUCUCUACACAGGCCAGACAUAUGGCUCUCUCCGCUUAAUAGACACUAAUUACUUUUUCGAGCUUGAAAACUCCACUGCUCUUGACACUGCUUAUCGGCUUAAUGUUGGUGGAAGAGAUGUUUUAGAUGUGCACGAUUCAGGAAUGUUCCGAACAUGGAACCAAGAUAUUGACUAUAUCUUUGGAGCAGCAUCUGGAGUUACGUAUUAUGAUCAGUCUGAGGCAACAAUCAAAUACACCGAGGCCACACCAGUGUAUACGGCACCGGAAGCUGUGUACAAAUCCUACCGUUCAAUGGGGCCUAAUCCAUAUAUUAACUUCAAUUACUAUCUUACAUGGCUUUUCACAGUUGAUUCGGGGUUUUAUUAUCUCGUUAGGCUCCAUUUUUGCGAAAACGAUCUACAGAAAGUGAAUCAGCGUGUAUUCGACAUAUUUAUUAAUAAUCAUGCCGCUGAGAUAGCCAUGGAUGUGAUUGCUGUGAGUGAAGGUAAUGGUAUUCCAAUCUAUAUAGACUAUGUUGUGUGGGUGGCACAAAGUGAAAACGAACUAUGGGUCGCACUACAUCCAAAUGCCGAAUCUAAGCCAGAGUAUUAUGAUGCGGUUUUGAAUGGUUUAGAGAUUUUCAAGUUGAACAACUCGGAUGGUAGCCUUGCCGCUCCGAACCCUCGACCAGAGACAAAGCCAAUGCUUAAGCAAAAGCAUUCAAAGGAGGGAAGAUUUUUGAAACCGGGAACGGUCGUCAUUGGAGCUACACUAAGCAGCAUAGUAUCAAUCCUGCUUAUAUUGUCCCUUGUUUUUUGGCAAAGGAAACUUUUUUUGUGCAGAACGGAAUCCAUAAACAGAAGAAAAGUUUCCCCCAAUCAAUGUAGGCACUUUUCAGUUGCCGACAUACUCACUGCAACAAAUAACUUUGACGAUGCUCUCAUUAUAGGGCGCGGUGGCUUUGGCAACGUGUACAGGGGUCACAUUCCGGGUAUUCAAUACGAGGUGGCAAUUAAGCGACUCAAUUCAAAGUCUCACCAGGGUGAAAAUGAGUUUUGGGCAGAGAUUGAGAUGCUCUCUCAGCUUCGCUACAUUAACCUUGUGUCCCUUAUAGGUUAUUGUAACGAAAAACAAGAGAUGAUUCUUGUUUAUGAUUAUAUGGUGAAUGGAACCCUUCGUGAUCACCUCUAUAAAAACGAUAAUAUUCCUCUCAAAUGGAAGCAAAGGCUGCAAAUCUGUAUUGGUGCUGCUCGUGGAUUAGAGUACCUUCAUUCAGGUGCAGUCCAGAGAAUCAUUCACCGAGAUGUGAAGACUACCAACAUUUUGUUGGAUGAGACAUGGGUGGCUAAAGUCUCGGAUUUCGGGUUAUCGAAAAUGGGUCCGGUUCUUAUGGAAAAUGUUCCAAUCACAACUAAGGUGAAAGGUACUUUCGGAUACAUGGAUCCGGAGUAUUUUCGAAGGUUACAUUUAACAGAGAAGUCCGAUGUGUACUCGUUCGGGGUGGUGUUAUUCGAAGUCUUGUGUGCUAGACCCGCAGUAGACACAAGUUUGGAAGAUGAUGAAAUAGGUUUAGCUGGUUGGGCUCUCAAGUGUGUAGAAAAUGAAACAAUAGAGCAAAUCAUUGACCCUUACUUGCAUGGUAAAAUUGCAGCAGAGUGUUUAAAAGUAUUCGUUGAGAUUGCGAAAAGCUGCCUACAUGAUGUGGGAGUUGAAAGGCCAAAAAUGAGAGAUGUGGUGGGAAUGCUUGAGUUUUCACUGGAAUUGCAAGAAGCUGCUGGAGCAAAACAGGCGGUAGAAGCUGGUGAUACAAUUAAUCAUGCCCGGACCAUGGAUGAACUUGUGUAAUCUUUUUGGGUCAAUUUGGGAUCAAAUCAAUUCCAUAAAAUCACUAGCGUUAGCUUUCACAUUCAUGACGUAGUGUUAUAAUUAAUUACAAAUUGAGCUGGAGCUUAGGAGUGGUAAGGAAAAUGUCUUGCGGUAAGCUUAAAAUGUCAAAGGUCUUCCUCUAAAGACAAAUAAAUCAACACAUCUUCUGGAGCUCUGCGUAGGUAGUGAUUGAUUUCUACACGCUACCGACACCCAACAUGGUCCCUUAUCAACUAUGCAUGGAACAUCACUGAUCACAGGAUUAAUUUUUUAAGCAUCGCUUUUAAAAAGUGUUGUUUGUGAAUUUUUAGAAGUGUUUUUUUGAGAAAGUUUAUUUUAAUAUUUUGGUAUUUAGUAGUUUUUUAAAAAGUACUUUCGAGAAUUAAAAUAUUCAUAUUUUGAGUCGAAAUCAGGAUAUUCAUUUUCAGUGACUAA